AUGGCAGCCAGCCACUAUGAGCGUUUUCUUAAGCUGUGUGAUGAGUGGCCAGUGGACAAGACCAAGUCGGGCCGGGACUUGGGCACUUACCUGUGGCAGCAGAAAUACAAGUACCCAUGCCCCAGAGAAACAAUCUUCAGCGGCCUGUCCUUGGAAGAAUACAAGCUUAUUCCGUCUACAGAGGCCUUGGAAGAAUUUAAGGAAAUGAAUAAAGACAUGUGGAAGAAACUGCAGGAGAAGUUUGCCCAAAAAAAAAUCCUGAGGACAUGCUGUGAGCAAAGAAACUUGGGAAAGGUUAAUCUUGAAAGCCUGAGUUUGCUAUUUUUAGAGAAACAUUAUUCGACAGCAGGGGAUUAUUUAAAGCAGCACAAGCCCUCCUGCCCCCAUGAAGACUUUCUGUCCCCGAGGCCCUCCCAUCACGCAAGGCAGGCCCGUCCGCCCCCCCAGGCCCGUCCAGCCCCCAGGCCCGACCGCACCCCCUCCCCCGCAAGAACUUUCUGUCCACGAGGCCCUUCCGCCCCUGCGAGGCCCUUCCGCCCCCGCGAGGCCCUUCCGCCUGUUACGCCCUGGCGCGUCAGGUCGGCUAGGCCGCACGGAGCCCACUUCCGCUUCCGGCUGACUGUCUCGGUGGAGCGGGCGGAGGGCGAUCGCUCCCAGGCGUCUAUCUCCCCAGGCGUUUCCAGGACGCGUGUUAGCGGCUGCGCGGCGGCCCCGGGCGGCCAUCGGUGCAUGCGACGACCGCAGGCUCAGGGCCCCGCUGCGGCCCGGGGGCGGGAAGUGGAAGCGCAGGGCCUGAGGCGGCGAGGCCGGAGGGCGGCCCCGGCAUCGCCGGGCGAGGACGGGGGCUGCGGCCCCGAGGACAGCAGGCCGAGGAAGAGGAUGGUGCCCCCGGGGUCCGGGAGAGAAGAGGCGGAAAGUGGAAAGCCGACCAAAGAAAAAAGAAAAAUUACUGAUGCUUCAAGUGAUGUUCUACAGCCAGGAAUGAACCUGGUAAGGAAGGAAUCAUUAACCAAUUCGGAAUCGUCCCAAACACCCGAAUGCGGUGAAUUUAAAAAUACGCCUUUCUUGCAGUCUUUGAGUAAGGAAAGUUUGGUUGAUGGUAUUAAAAGAAGAAUUCAAGUUAAAAAACCUAAAAGUUCAGAGAGUCUCCCUCUCAAAGUAACUGAAAGUAAGGCUACCCAAAAUAUUAAGGUUGCAUUCCAAGAUGAACUGUACAAGAAUACUCCAGAAUAUUCUUGUAACAGCUUGUCACCUGCAUUAGAAAAUAAUUCUAUUUUAAAGUUACAUGAUUGUAAUUGUUUCCCCCAUUUUAAGGGUUGUAAUGAUGAAAGCAACCUUGAAUAUAAACCUGAUGGUGGAUGUAUGCAUGUAGCAGAAAAUUCUUCAAAGAAAGAAAAUCUUAAGAGGCUUGCAGAGAAGAGCAAUGCAAAUAGUAUUCCUCCACUUUUACAAACUGAAGAAAAUUUAGUGGGAGUGAAUAAAUUACUGCUUGAAGAAAAUUAUUUAUACCAGAGUACAAAUAAUGGCUUGCUUUCCUGCCUUCAAAGUGAAAAAAAGAAAUAUCCAGUGGAGGAGAGCAAUAUCGGAAGAAAACCAAAGAAAAAGAUGAAGUUAACUGAAAAGGGAGAUGAAACAGUUACUGAGAUGAGCUUUUCUACUGUGAACAAGUCUGAGUUAGUGUUACAAGAAAACCACAUGUGUACUGAAUAUAAGGAAACAGAAACUUUAGAGACUAAAAAGGGCCCUUUUAAAGUUUUGAAGAAAGUAAACCAUACCAUAACCUCUGCAACAGAUCAUUCCUUAAGCCUCCCAGAAAGAGAGAGGGAAAAACCAAGUCCAGAACAUCAUAUAAAUGCUAACUCUCGGAAAAACUUUGACCCACUUUUGAAGGAAGAAACAAAGAUUACUUCAGAACCACUAGUAUGUAAAAAUGUGGAGUCAGAAAAAACUCUUAAGUCCUUAAAAAGUGCAGUAGUAAAGUCACCUAGUGAUACAUCUGAGUUUUCUGAUAACCAUCAUACUGAAAAAUCUUCACAAGAAGUGUUGGGAAAUGAAGUUGAUGAAUCAAAAUCAAGCUGUCACAGAACAAUGCCUAUGACUGGGAAGAGAAUUUGGCCUUAUUAUUCAUGUGCUAGAACAACAGUUGCCCACUGUUGGAAAAAACCUGCUUUGUCAGAACCAAAUUACUUUCCUUCUGCAUCUCAAGAAAGCUUUAACCAAGAUAACUUUCUUAAACACCCAGCAAGUCAGCCUCACUUAACUGAUUCCGAAGUAUUGUUACAAAGUUCCAUAACAGAAACAAGCAGUGAAACAUCAAUUAAAGAAAAAAUUAAUCCUAAUGGAAACUGUCUGCCUUCAGUUUCUGCAAUAGAAACUACUUCAGUGGGUAUAGAGGAACCUACAACUAGUGAUGAUAAAGUUAAAUCAGAGGAUCUAAGCAGAAAUGGACCAGAGGUAGUUUCCAGUUCUACUGAAGAUACUCGAUUAACUGGUGUAACUCAAAGCAUGAUGGGAAAUAAAAAAAAAGAUAGAGUGAAUUCAGCAAAACCUAAUUUGACAGUUUCCCAGGAGGGCCAAGAAGCAAAUAACUCUAUAGGCAAAACUGUUCAUCGAAAAACGGGUAUUGCUCAGCAAGCACUUGAGGUCCCAGAUUUGGUUAAGAUCUUGAACACAGGCCGGCUGACUAAUUUUAAGAUUCCUUUACUUAAAGAUAAAAGAGGAAAAGGAAAAGAAGCAAAUAAGUCAUCAGAGAGAGAUGUUUAUAGUCCCCUAGAACUUCUUGACAACUCAUCUGUUGCGGAAGUGAGACAGAACAGGAAUAAAGAAAAUAUGCCCACGGUACCUUCAGUACCUCAAUCUUUAAGAGUACCAAAUACCAUGACUCCAAUACGAUCAAGUUCUAACUCACUCUGUGGUAAAAAUUCCUGUAGUGUUUCUUCAGGUUUCUCAAAACGAGAUAAUAAACCAUCCAAUCACAUCUCCAAACUAGGCAAUACUGUUUCUAACAAAGAAGCUGUUUCUUCUUCAGUUGAGAACAAUACUUUGGCUUGUGAUCCUGGAUGUGUAGAGAAAAGUCCUGCUUUCUGCUCUAAUGAGCAAGAUACAUCUGAACCCAUUUCCUCAGAAGAUAAUGGUAAAAAAGUGUCUAAGAGUUUGUCUGACAUUAAAGUGGAGUUUCCAGAUAUCCUUAAAGCAUAUGAAGAUGAUGUCCUCUUAAUUGAUGUAAUUCAAGAUGACCCAGACCUCUUUGGAGUUUCCAGUGAAGGGGAGCUGUCUUUUACCUCUGAGGUCCCCAUGAUAAGCCUCGAUCCCAGCGUUGCUGACAAGCACCAAACAACAGACCCCAAGUACAUGGAACUUCCAGAAACAAAAGAACCCAGUGAUGACUUGAGAGAUCCGACUGUGCUGGACCCUGGAUUGAUGAAGUCAGACAUCUGUGAUUCCUUAUUAGAAGCAAAUGAGAUAAAGCAUAAGUCCAAAGAUGUAACUGUGUCCUUAGAAGAAGUUCCUAAUGAAGAUUCUGAAAAUGAAAAACGCGAAGACUUCAGUGAACUAAUGAAAGAUUCAGACUUGGAUGAGAAGUGUAAAUUUCCAGAAAAGGUAGCCAUUAAAGAAGAAAAAGAAAAUACUUAUGACAUCUGCAAAAGCAAAGAUUCUCCCAGUGCAGAGAUUAAAUUUGGUGACUGUCAGGUUGCAGCACUGGCCCCAAAGCCUCUAUCCUUACUCAUGCCACCGCUCAAUCUCAGUGCUUAUCAAGAGGACCCAGUCCUGAGACCCUGGAUGAAUGAUAACCGGAUUCUGAUAAAUCAUUCUCUCCUCACAUUGCCAACCCCUGAAACUUGUGAAGUAUUUAAGAGGGAAAAAAGUCUGGCCUUUCAGAAGCCUCUGGGAUUAAUGCUACCCCAUAGAUACUGCAAAUUUCAUUUUAAUACAUUACGUGGCUGUGAACGAGCACAGUGUAAAUUUGCUCAUGUCCCUGAGCAAGGGGAUGAAAAGGUUUGCAUGGAUGUGCUUAAGAAAUAUAUAAAUAUCAGUGAGUUGUGUCUGCUACAACGUGCAGCAAACAUGUUUAUGGAAUACUAUGGACAGUUUCCUCCCAGUAUGCACUUUGAUUUACAAGUGCUAAAUGACCUUCUGAAUUCUUUGAUUAAAUAUUGUUUAUUAAAAGAAGUAUUUCAGAUAUUAAACCUCAGCAUAAUGCUUAAAAUGUUGCCUGCUUUGAAAAUACUGCUAAACAUAUUUGAACGUGUGGCAGCUAUGAACUUAAGGAAUGCUGUACCUGCAUUAAUUGCUAUCUUUUGCAAGCUUGUUGAAGCUGGGAUGGUACUUGACCCAGAACACUUUGACUAUAUUCUUAAGCUUUUAUACCAAGUACAGGCUUCCAAGCAAGGAAUAACGGCAGUUCUGGAAAUGAAAUCCAGGUUACAGGGGAGGCAACAUAGAAAGAACUGGAAAUGUGAUGUAGAUUCAGUCUUAAAGGAAAUAGAGCACUGUAAAGAAAAUGGCAACUGGAUCAAAUUGGGAAAUUUAUAUAUUAAUGUAAAAAUAGGCUGUGAAAAUUUUGCAGAUUUCCAAAGGUUUUGCAUUUGUGUUGCUGAAACAUUAACAAAAGACUUUAAGGAAGAGAAACCAGAAGUUCCUUUUUGUGAAUUUGCUGAAACAGUUAGCAAAGAUCCACAAAAUAGUGAAGUUGAUAAAACUUUGCUGGGAAGAAUUGGAAUCAAUGCUAUAUACUUCUAUCACAAACUCUUACAGUGGUCCAAGGGAAAGAAAGUCUUAGAUAAACUAUAUGAGUUAAAAAUACAUUUUACAACUUUAAAAGGACUUACAGGUCCUGAGAAGUUAGCACCAAGAUGUCAAAUUGUGAAUAUUGCAGCAGAAGUUUUUCUCAAAAGUGGAAGUCUGGAUGGUGCCCUGUGGGUACUGAGAGAGUCCGAAUGGAUCAUCAGUACCCCACUGUGGCCUUGCGACAGACUGGAUGUGCUCAAACGACAUAGUCUGCUCUGUACACUUGCAUGUGAGAUCUUGGCCAAGAAUCUGUACAGGCAGACAUUUGAAGUUUUACAAAACCUACCAGGUUUUCAGAAUUCUCAAGAAACUGUGGAUGUCUCACAGUAUAGCCUUCUUUUCAAUAAGCUUCUAGAUGCAUGUAUCAAAAGCAACAGUCUUGGCCUAUCAUCCUCUGUAGCAGAAUUCAUGAUUUCAAAGAGCAUCCCUAUUGAUUUUUCCUUUCUUAGAAGAUUAAUCACUACUUUAGGAAGGAGUUCUUUAUGGCUCAAAGCCAGAGCUCACUACAAAAGUGCUCUCUCUUUGGGCUGCUAUCCACCAAUGGAAGGAAAUUUAUACCGAAAACUUCUACUUAUUCCUUCUUACUUAUCUGAAGUUGAAAUGCUCUUAGCUAUUGAAAUUUUCUUGGUAUCUAAUGCUAGUAGUAUUCAGAGUCCUGGAACUGCUACACAGACACUGCAAAUAGUUAUGAAAAGAUGUGAAAAAAACAACCCUCGGAGCCAGGAUGAUUAUAAAGCUGCUGUGGACAGGUUAAUUACAGCUGCUCGUAUAUCAAACCCAAAGCUUUUCAUUAAGCACAUGACUGUCAAUGUUAAUAAGGAACAGGUUUAUAUUUUGGAAUAUUGUUCUGCCCUGAAAUGGUUGAAAGAGAAUAUGAAAUGGGCUGGGAAAGUUUGGCUUUUCAGUAACCAUUAG